AUGGGGGCAGGCCACGCGAAAGAAGGCAGCGGAGGAUACCGCAUCGUGCGUAUUUGCCCCGAGGGUCCCGUGUCGGAGUGCGACAUGGAAAUCUUCUUCGACUACAUUGUGCAGAUAGAGGACGUGAAAUUACAAGACGCGUCCAGGAAGACAUACGAGUCAUUUAUGCAGAAGGUACGAGAAGGAGAAAAUAAAGAAGUACGUCUGUUAGUGUACAGCUGUCGAUAUGAUAAACUGAAAGAGGUGCAUGUGAAGCCAAGGAAGUGGAGAGGAAAGGGGUUACUAGGGAUGAAUAUAAGUUACGAAAAGGCAAAUGCGAUGAAGGAAGGGAUUCAAAUUGUAAGAAUUGAGGAUGGUUAUUUAGAUAUAAAAAAUAAAAUUACAGAGAAGGAAGAUAUAAUAAUAGGACAUGGAGAGAAUAUCCUUCGGAAUUUUGAUGAGCUUUGUAAUUUUGUGGAGGGUAAUUUAUUUAGCUACCAUGGAGAAAGGAAAAAGGCUCCACUGGAGUUAUCCUUUUAUGUGUAUAACAAGGUGAGGGGAGACGUGAGGAUGGUUAACUUGAAGGUGGACCCCACGUGGGGAAGACACGGACUGCUCGGGUGCCACCUGAGUGAAAUGAAUGCUUCGCUUGAGGAGGGACGGGGGGAGGCCACACUAGGGGGGAGCCAUGAGAUGGGCCGAGUGAUGAGCAGCGAGAUGGGCCGAGUGAUGAGCAGCGAGGUGGGCCGAGUGAUGAGCAGCGAGAUGGGCCGAGUGAUGAGCAGCGAGAUGGGCCAAGUGAUGAACCGCGAGAUGAACCACGAGAUGAACCCCAAGAUGAACCGCGAACUGACGCAAGAGGCGACCCCAUACGAGAAGUGCAUCCCCCCCGAGCAUGUCAGUACCGCGGAGUGGACUAAAGACUUACCCGGUGAGACGAUCGAGUGGGGUGCAGAGCCAUCCGUAGGAAGUAAGCACAUCCGAUUUGGCCGCAAUGAAGCGAACGGAGAAGAGGCCGCGGGGGAAGACCCAGGGCGCCCAAAUUAUGGCAGGUUAAAUACGCACUAUUUUAGAGACGGCCGUGGUGCGGGCGCGUUGGGCAGUUCGAUGAGCAGUUCGAUGAGCAGAUCGUUGGGCAGUUCGCUGGACAGGUCAUUGGGCAACUCACCGGGGGGUGCGCAGGACCACAAAGGGGGCGGCGAAAAGAGCUACGCUUUGAGCUCCACGAUAGAGGUUGAGGUUGAGGUUGAGGCUGGCGUUGCGCCUGGCGUUAAGGCUGAGGCAUACGCGGAGGGGAAGCACGUCAAGCAGGCCAUGCAGCCCUCACAGAAGAAGCAUACGUUGCACACCCCGCCCAUCUCGCCCACCUCGCCCACCUCGCCCACCUCGCAGGAGUGGCACCCUCCCCAGGAGCAGCCACCCCCAGAUCAACGAGACACCCCCGCAGAAAGGUACGAAAGGUACGUGAAGAAUAUAAAAACAUACAGCAAAGAGAUGUUAGACGUUUACAGAGACAUGGACGAAAAUGGUAGACUCUUGGAGGAGCUGAAGUUACGGACGCUGAGGAAUUUUUCUUUGGGGGGGAAGUUGGUUGGUGGCGAAUGUGACUACGUCGCUGGAGAGGUGAGUGUUCCUGAGGAGGCUUUCGCAGACUGGGGGAUGACGGAAGGGGACACCAACGAGAGAAGCGGAACGUGUGAAGUUGAGGUGGAUGGAAAAUCUCAGGGGGGAGAUGGUCUCCUGAUGUAG